UAUGAUUUUUUGUAUUUACUAGGGAGAACCAUCGCACCUGCCAGUCUUGUAAACAAAAGCGGCGAUGGCUGACGUGGAGAGCUCGAAGGUGGAGAUGCCGGAUUUUGUAGAUCCGGGGGGAUAUGGGGAGGUGUCCGGGCAGAUGGCAAUGCCGGGUGCAGUUGGCAAGACUGAGGCUGAGGAGUACAACACACUUGAUGAACCUGUUAAAGAAACUAUUAUGAGGGAUUUAAGAGCAGUUGGCACCAAGUUCUACCACGUCCUGUACCCAAGAGAGAAAAAAGCCCUCCUGAAGGAGUGGGACCUCUGGGGACCACUAAUACUGUGCACAUUCAUUGCCAUGAUGGUACAAGGGACACAGGACGCUGAUAAGCAAGAUGGAGGGCCAGAAUUUGCACAGGUGUUUGUCAUUGUGUGGCUUGGUGCUGCUGUGGUCACCAUGAACACCAAACUGUUGGGAGGCACCAUAUCCUUCUUCCAGUCAGUGUGUGUAUUAGGCUACUGUCUGCUGCCGUCCUGCUUGUCCCUCAUCUUAUGCCGUCUCAUCCUCAUUGCUCACCAGAACAGGAUCCUCUUCCUCCUCAGAUUUAUAGUCACCUGCAUUGGCUUUGCAUGGGCAACUUUUGCGGCAAUGGUCUUCUUAGGAGACAGCCAACCCAGCUCUCGCAAGACUCUAGCAGUAUAUCCUAUAUUUCUCUUUUACUUCAUAAUAUCAUGGCUCAUCAUUUCUCAUUCCAAUGUGUGAUUCAAGGACUGCUCUUGAGACAGUAUUUGUGUCCCAGGUUCACUGAUUUAGGGGUGAGUGCUUUAGAUAUUGUUAUAUUUGAGUAUGUUUUGUGUGUGUGUGUAAAUAUGCAUGAUAUUAAUUAAUGAAAGCCCUUUCACAUGGACAUUUAUUUUUUGAUGACAUAACAUUAAGGUGCACCUUCAUCUUGAAUGGCUGGAAUAUUCUAUUUUAUCUGAGUGUGUUUUUUCAGUAACUGAUGUAGAUUAAUUGUGAAUUGUUCCCCAGUGGUUAAGGGACAACUAACUGCACAUCUGGAAGAAUGUUGUCACCAUAUUUAUUGUGCAUUGUAAAAAUAACUAAAAAGAGGCUUGAGUUAGGGGAUUGGUCUCACUUAUGUAUUUUCAUUUCCACAAUAGCACCAGAUAUGUGUGCUGCUUGGCAUAUGGAUUACUUGUUCCUUGACCCUGCUUGUCAUGACACCCAAGAGCAGUGUAAACCAUGAAUCACAGAAUCAAAGAUAACCCAGUGAAGAGAACAACACAGCUCCUGAUAGUUGUUCUUUGACUAAAAUUUGUUCAAUACCAUGGUCAUCCUUCUCCUUUCCCUCACACAAACAAAUAACAAACAGUGCUCUCUAACUCAGGAUAUUUCUUCCUCUCUACCACUUGGCAGGCUGAGAUUCAAGACUGAUCAGGUUGCAACAGUUUUCUUUAAUGAACAAGUAUUUCCUCUCCUCAGCCAAGGUUACUGUCAUAGAAGCAAAAGUUUAAAGAGAUGACAAUUUUGUUUUUAGUAUUCAAGUAUGGCCAUAUUAACUUCAAAGUUAUGUGGGAGCAAGUAAAUACAAAUUAUCUCUGCUGUGACUUGGAUUCUAACUUGUAAGACUGAUAUAAGAUAUUUUCAAGAAUGUUGUUUUAGGGAAUGAUUUGGAAGCUACCAUACAUCAGAGUAUAUAUAUAUAUAUAUA